UGAGAGACUCACCUGAGCACCUACCUACCUGUCCGCACAGGUAGCGUCGCAGCGUCGGAGAGCAGCGGAUCAGGAGAUGGCAGAGUCUCAGCUGAUGUGCAUGGACGAUGAGCACGUUAACGAAAAGAUCCCGGAGACCAAACCGGAGUUUUACUACAGCGAGGAGCAGCGCGCGGCUCUGGAGCAGCUCCUGAAGAACGGGGACGGUGCGUUCAAGAUGCGUCUCAAAGAGGACAACAUCAAGGAUUUCCUCUCCGCCAAGGAGGUCAUGUGCAUCCGAAAAACCUUUCAGGAGUACGACACGGACAGUGACGGUGAGUCCGGAGAGCAUGAGAAGUCCAAGGAGUCUUCCAGCGCGGACUCCGGGGUCCACUCCACCUACUGGCCCCAGAUGUCCGACACUGAGGUCCCGUCUCUGGACAUCGGCUGGCCCGGCAGCAGCGGCGUCUACAAGGGGGUGACCCGGGUGUCCGUGUACUCGCACCCACCCAAGGAGCCCGGGCCUCACAUCAAGGAGGUGGUGAGGAGGCUCAUACAGGAGGCACACAAGGUGGUGGCUAUAGUCAUGGACCUCCUGACAGACCUGCAGAUCCUCCAGGACCUGCUGGAUGCCUCGUCGCGGCGCGGGGUGGCUGUCUACACUUUGCUGGAGGCCAGGGGAGUGCCCCACUUCCUGGAUAUGUGCACUCGUCUGCAGAUUAAUGCGGUGCAUCUGCGGAAUCUCCGUGUGCGGAUGGUGAGAGGUUCAGGGCUGGCCCUGUCGUUUGGAAAGCUGCCCGGGUCCCUGUGCUCCAAAUACAUGCUGGUGGAUGGAGAGAAAGUCAUGUUCGGGUCUUACAGCUUCACCUGGAGUUCCUCCCGGAUGGACAGGAACACAAUCACCGUGAUGACAGGACAAAUUGUUGACUCCUUCGACAAUGACUUCAGGGAGUUGUACGCCAUUUCUGAGCAGGUGGACCUCUACAAGGAGUUCAACAUCACCAAGCCGCCUAUUGCUACGCCCAUUAGGAAGCCAAAGGUGGAGAAAAUCCAGCCUCUGCCCAUCUCCACGUCUCGUUUUCAAGUAUCUGUCGGGGACUCCAGACAGGCCGACCUAAGGGUACCUGCACAUAAAUAUCACAAUCCUAAGUACUCUUUAGUUUUUGGGAACCGUAUGGGCCUCACAGGUUCCCUACAAGACCUGUCUACCAUGAAUACCAUGAACGACUCUCUGACUGGUGGGCUGCACCAUGGGAACGGGCUGCAGAACAACAUCCUUCAUGCCAGCAGGAACAGCAGGGAGGUGUUGGAGCGAGUCCCACCACAGAGUCCUGCUUCACCUGCAGAGGAAGAAGAUGGAAAGGGGGGCUUGAAGAAGAACCAGGUAGCUGCAGUGAAGAAACAACGAAGCUCCUUCAGGCACUUCCUGAAAGGCAGAGGAGCCAAUCACACCACAGAGACUAUACAGGAGGACGUGGUCACUCCUCAGAGCCCCUUCCCCCCAACUAAGGUGCCAGAGACUAAUGGUGUCGCAGGAAAUGAGGUGGAGGACUCGUUUGAGAUCAUUGAUAAACCUGGUCCACUGAAAACCAAAACCAAGAAACCCUCAAAGGUCAUCCAGAGAAGUAUGUCUCUGCAGACCAUCAACACCGCAGACGAAGACGGAUCUAAAAGCCGCCGGCGGCAUCAAAAGAAGAACUGCAUCCAGUCAUGAGAUCAAAAGCAAGAGAACAGUGUGUCUUUGGAGUUAUAAAGAGGAGCCACAGGAUCUCCUGGUUAAACAUGCUGAGUCACAGUAUCACCUUACUGUAACCAGGUGACAUUACUUCAGUCAGCGUCUCCAGCCUGUUACACUUAAGGUGAAAGUCCUUACAGGGGACUGCUGAUGAGACGUUGUAGUUUAACUAAUCAUGUGAGGAAAACACUCCAUCAGAGAAUCUCAACAUUGAAGCCAAAAUGCUGAUGGAGGGAGAUUUCAUCGCCAUUAUUUUAGUUUCUCUGUUUUUUGUACUAAAUUAUUUCUGUUUUUUAUAUUGUAUGCUUAACCCCAUCACCAUGAGCAGCCCAGGCUGUGACCCAGGUCGUGUGGGUGGAUUACAUCACACCUGGUUGCUGUGGAGACACGCAAAGUGAUCAGUUGUGCUUGUUGUCCCUGAGUGCCGCCUUACAGAGGACCCUUGGCAACAGAAUAAGUGUUCGUCAGAGUGUGUUGUACAGGUUGUGAAUAAUGAACGCCGCGCUGAGUGGUGCGGUGUUGACACAGGCCUGCUUUGUUUCUACACCGCCAGGUGAGGACUUUGUAUGUUUGCACUUUGGGUUUAUUCAGAUGGGACUGGCAGAGAUUAAAAUGUGAAUCCUUGAGAACCACUCGAAAUGCAAAUAAUUCUAAUUCUGUAGCAGAAAUUGAAUAAAAGACAUGAAAACAGCAGAUAAAAAAGUGGUUUGUGUCAAUAAAUAUCAAGUAAAAUUCAAUGUAAAUAAACAUAUGUAAUCAUGCACAAACACCUUUUUCAGCAAGCCAGUUAUCUCACUGAAAAGCUCAGUGAGUUCAUGAAUUGUGUACAAUACAAAGCAGAAUUUAGCUAAAAGUUAAAGUUACAUUUACAAUUAGCUCCACUGAUCCUCCUGAAGAGAAAAGACUAUGUUAUGCGAGUAAGUAAAGACUGAAGACAAAGUCCAAUUCAUAUUUUAUUGCUUAUUAAAAGAAGUGUUAUUUUAUUUCAGAAAAUGUAUCCUAAUUUCUGACAAAUUCUUCUGGUCGAAUGAUUUAUUUGUUGAGCCUGGGACAGGAGAUGUGUAACACUGACCAAUUUGUUAAUUUCAGUGGCUAUAAGGUUGAAAGAAAUGAUCACGAAAGAGACUGAGCAUAUUUAGAAGUUACAAAUGUAAUAGUUUACAUUCAUUUAAAGCUGCAGUUGGUCACUUUUCUAAAGAUAACUUUUUGUCAUAUUUCCAAUAACUGUCUCUGUGUUCUGAAAGAAGUAGGUGAGACAGAUAAUCUGUGAAAAAAAUGUGUCCCUCCUCCCCUCCUGUGACCUCCAAUGGGAUGGGAUACGUGUAGGCAAUGGACAUGAUGACGCACACGAUCACCAGCACCCGUCAAUGUGGUAGCGUAUAAUAAAUGACAUGACAACAAAGAACAACCUUCAAGGGACAUUUUUUUUCUGGCAGCACAUUGGUAAAAGUGGAGCAGUGUGGAUAAAUGAAAAAUAAAAACAAUAAACAGUUUAUUUCAGGUGGUAACGUGUUAUAUACUUUGUUACUGCUAAAAGUAAUGUAUUACUGUAACACUGGUUGUCAAUCAUGUCAAUCAUGACUUGUGACCUGCGGUCAAACUGUCAAACUUGGCGGUGCUGAUCAAAUAUUAAAUGUGAAUCAAGAUUCUGUUCUAAUGUUUUCAGAGACAUAUGUUUAGUGUACUGUUUAGCUGUUAAAUGAGAGAGUUGGUUCUUCAGGUGGGCAGUACUUUUUAUAAAAGUUACCAACUGUAGCUUUAAGGGGAUUAUUUAAUCCUAAUCUUUCAUUUGGGGUCCGUGAGAACCUGUGAUCCUUUUAUCUGCUUUCAAUACACAUUUAUCAUUGUUUUAAUUGCUUUGAAACAUGUUCCAGAAGUCUAUUACAGAAAAUUAUGCAUUACGUGUUUCAUACAGUGUAUUUAUAUCUGCUUUGUACCUGUGAUUGGUGUUGACAGGACUUUUUAAAAGGCACUGCUCCUCCCCAAUCCCAAACAAGAUCAGGCUUUCUGUCACUGGAGUUUUUCUAAGUUAGUUCAUCAGACCUCUAACAGGAAGUUCGACCUCUCUGUGAUUUUAGUGAUACCAAACAGAUGUUAUGUCACUCUGCAGGCUAACAUAUUGUAUGUUUUUUUGUCAGUGAAUGACACUGAACAAAAGCAAUUAAUAAUUUGCUUAUGCAGUGUGUUGGUGUAAUAAUUUCAUGUCAUGUCUGUCAUCACUUUUAUCAAAUGUGCAAUUUCAGUUCAUGGCAACAGUAAAGAAUUUUUUACAGAUACGGUUUUACUCAAGAAAAAAUCAUUUAAAAGAAAAAAUAAAGUUGAUUUUGAAGUGAUGUUAGGAGGUAAAGCAGCU